AUGCUGAUUUGGACUGGAUUCCGGGGAUUUGGAGUAUCUGGACUAUCUCGAGUACUUAGAGCACCCAGAGUACCGAAAUCAAACCAAGUACGCCACAAGAGCACUCACACCUACACUCAACGCCUGCAACACCUCAGUCAACGCACAGGCACAGACCCAAUCAGCCUCAGCGCCUCAUUCGCCAUUCUCCACGAGCUGACAGCUAUUUUUCCCGUGAUUGCUAUCUUUGGGGGGUUGCACUGGUUCGGCGUAGGCGAGCGUAGUCUAGAGUGGUUGUGGGGAGCAGAUAGCUGCGAUAACACCAAUGACAUAAGAAGCUGGACUCGUGCUGCUUGCGAGGAGGGUGAGCGUCGUCUCGACAGAUUCAGACAGCGCUACAAUCUCUGGCAAGAUGAGGAGAACAAGUGGGACGGCAGUGGCAGAUACACAGCACACAUCUCUGAAGCCAUAGCAGCAUACACGAUAACCAAGGUACUUCUCCCAGUUAGAAUACUCGCUUGCUUAUACUACAGCCCAAGAUUCAGUGUAUUUGUAUUUGAGCCAAUAAAGAGAGGCAGCAGAUUCACCGCCGACAAGACGCAAUACCAGCAGCUGCGCGCGCACCGAGAAGUCGAGCGACUCGAAGCCAUUAGAGAUGGCCAAAUCCCCGAUCCGAGCCAAGGGGGAAUGAGUCUGAGCGAUGCGAUAACGCUGCGAGGAACGUGUACCACCAUGUGUCCACUGUUUGAACGCGUCGAGCGCGAGUACCAGCUCAAUCUGGAUAAGUGGGAGGUAUACGCAGAGCACCCGCGCCAGGCGAAUCCCGCGCGCACCGUGAAGACAUUCCACAGGCCAGCUGCCGGCGACGAAGCCAGCCUGCCGUCAGAUGUACGCCCAGCGCCGGUGCUCAAGCAAACACUCGACUAUCUCUUCCACACGAUCCUCGCAGAAGACGCAGACCUGCACGACAGCCACCACUUCCUUCGCGACAGGACGCGCUCUAUACGACAGGAUUUCACUCUGCAGCACAUCCGCGACCGCGUUGCCGUCGAGUGCCACGAGCGCAUAGCCCGCUACCACAUCCUCUGCCUGCACGAGCUAUGCGAGCGCACUGGGUGGUCUGACCAGCAGGAGCUGGAGCAGCUGAGCAAGGUGUUGCUGAGCUUGACGGAGUUCUACGACGACUGGCGGGCCAGCACGGGCGAAACACUCCCGAACGAAGCAGAGUUCAGAGCCUACCACCUCCUCAUUCAUCUGCGCGACUCUAGCACUGCUGCUGCUGCAGAACGCCUCCCCACCUCACUCUACCUCUCGCAGCCCAUUCAACUCGCACUCAAAUUUCACGCUCUCGCCCGCCGCUCGAACGAGGCUGACGUACGAGGACGCCCCCAUAAUACGGUGUCUAGCCCUAAUGGAUACUCGCGCUUCUUCAAACUUAUCCGCUCGAGUAGCACCCCUUUCCUUAUGGCGUGCCUUCUCGAACCCUCCUUCAGCAGCGUGCGCAGAGGCGCCCUCAAGGCUAUGCGCGUCGCUUACCCGAGCAAAUACCGCGCUUAUCCCGUCGCUGACCUCGUCAGUGUGCUCGGAUGCGACGACGGUUUGCAUGUCGCGCGCGAGGCGGAGAACCUCGGGCUGGAUGUGGAGAGGGGCGGCGAGAAUGAGAAAGAUAAUGAUAAUGGAAAUGACGAAGCCCCGCCCACAGCCGUUAGAGUAAACAAACAGUCGCAGGUCAACGACUCGGGUCCGACUAUCCCUCACUGCAAGUCUCGUCUCGUAUCUGCCAAGAGAGGCAGGCUCAGUGCGCGGGAUGUUAUAGAUACCCCUCUAGCCAUUGAUUUUGAUAUCGGUGUCGAUGUUGUGGCUGGUGAUAUCCCAAAGAGCCAACCAGCGUCUUUGUCCUCGCUUAGACCAUCUGCGCCAGUUUUCACAAUGCCAUCGACCAAAACAAAUGCGAAUAUUGACAGUGGCGGUGGAGGCUAUGGUUAUGGAACUAGUGCGGGUACUGAUACGGGCACUAGCAGUCACAAUCACUCUAACAGCUCUCCGACCUCCCUCAUGCCCCCUCCUCCCAAACCCAUCGCAACAGCCUUCUCCUUCCAACCUAGACAGACUACGCAGCACACACAGGGCGCUCCGUCUUCCAACGCGUUCAGCUGGAGUGGCACUGGCACUGGUACUGAAACUGCAGGUGCGUUUGCUAAUGCAUUCACCCCACCCAGCACACAGGGACAAGGACAAGGUGCCCAACCUGAUGUUCAACCUGAUAAUGACCUCGACGAGAAACACCGCCAGCAGCAGCAAGAGGAGCGGGAGAGGCAGAAGAAACAAAAAGCAGCAGAAGCGGCAGAAGCGACGGAAGCAGCUCAAUUAGCACGUGCAGCACAAUCGCGGAGGCGUUUAUCAGAAAACCGCAAGCUACAAGGGCGUUUGCGAGCUGAAGAAGAGGAGCGCAAGAAAACGAGGGAGGAAGAGCGAGGUAGAGAACGAGAACGGCUCGAGCUCACUCACACGACAUGCACAAAACUCACCGACCGCAUUCUCGACGAGACGGUGGCUGCGGCUGUGCGGUCGUGCGUGCUGCGAGAGGUAGCAGCCAUGUACAGGCGACGCAGGCUGAUUUUGCGUUGUCUGCGUCUGUGGAAGACGGCUGCAGUGGCACGCGUCAUUGCGCGCGAUGUUGACCAGGAGCGUCUCAAGCAGUUUAGAAUGGCUGUCGAGGGUCUUUCCUUUGGGAGGGGUGGCACGACCCCGGCUUUCACCCUGCCGGAUGAAGAGGAUGAGGAAGACAAACAAGAUGCAGAGGAGCUUUUCGAUCACGAGGAUGAAGAGGUGGCUUUUCACCAUUCACCUCUCCAUCAACUCAGACUCAGACUGAGCGAUUCAGAGAUGGAGCACACGUUGCAGCAGCACGUACAGCAGAGAAGCGAGUUGUGGAAUCGAGGUGGUGCGUUGACUGUCGUGGCUGGGUUUAUACACAGCAACCCACUCCUGAAACACUUUGCGAGUGUGGAUGUGGGGCUGUACACCCACGACGACUCUUCCUCCUCCAGCUCAUGGCUGCGCACGCGUUUCGGUGCAGAUGUUGGCGACUUUAAUCAAGCCAACUCGCAGCUUUCGUUGUAUGCGAAUAGCGAGAAGCCACCCGCCUCUACCGCUAUUGUUUUCUUUGAAUGCUCGCGCGAGCUGGCGAGACAGCAGUCGGAAAAAGAGAGAGCGCGAACACUCAAUAAUGAUAAAAGGAGGAUGGAGCGUGUAGCGGGGCGUUUAGCGUACGGCACCUUUAUACCCACUAUCGUGGUGCUAUCGUGGUGUGAGAGCGAGGCUGUCGAGUGCUUGAGCUCGAAUUUGAACACACCCGCACUACAUUUGAAAUACCUCCAGAUCGCCCCGCACUCGUUCGAUUCCCAACUGCACACUCUCUUGGAGAGUGUGGAUGUGGGGGUGCGACACUACCAAACAACCACACCUAGGCGUGUAUCGGCGGUGUUCUCGCCAGUCGCGUUGGCUAGUGUACUUGCCAUCCAUCACAUGCCCUAUGCGCACCACAUAGCGAUCGCCUUGGUGGACUCGUCGAUCGCGAUACUCAACGAGGCGAUACGGGCAACGAACGAGGCGGUGCAGAUGCUGUGUGCGGGUGCGGAUGGCGAUGAGGCGCCGACGGAGACACGCACACUACCUCUGCUCAAGGAGAGUGUGGGUGUGAAAUUGAAUGCGAACGUGAAAGAGAGCAUCCCCCUCCCCACCACACUGAUUGAGUGGCUCGACGACGAACGCUUCGACUUUGAGCCCGAUGUGCUCCUCUUGCGCGCAGAGAUAGCCGGGUGGGAUGGCAGCCACGCCGAUACUGUGUAUGUGAUGACUCGCAUACUCGACAUAGUCUUCUCUGGCCACCCGGCAGACGAAACGUUUGUCGUGCGCGAUGGGGUAUCCCUCAACCAAGAAGAGCUGGUGGAGCAGACAGAUAUAGUGAAGAGGACGCGUCGCGUGGUGUUGCAGCUCGAAAGAAUGGCCGAGGGCGUCAGAGUUGCUCACGAACAAUCCAGCAGACAGCGCAAGAGGGAGGACGAGUUGGUGAGGUCGCCGUCGCCGUCACCGUCGCCCAAGAAGAAGACAGUGAGCAGUGCCGUGCUUAAGGAUCUCGUUGGCAGCGUGCGCAGUAGUUUAUUUAGCAAUGUAUAA